CUGUAGAAACGUAUUUGUCUGCCAUGGCCUGUGACUCAACUGGAGAGGCUGGGCUUACCAAUGGAUUUAACCCUCUCGUUUAUAAGAUUUAUGCCUUAGUCAUAAAAGUUAGCCUGGCCUUUUCUCAUUCAUUUUAUGCUUUUCUCGCUGACUGCCAUACCUCAUUUGGCAUUAGCUGCCAGGAAAUUCAGUCACCUGUAGGACAUUUGCCUUGACAGAAACUUCAGGACUGAGUCUACGGAGCAACAACAGCAAGCAUACAGGAAACCAGGUCUUUGGCUUUGUUGCUUUAACAUCUUGGCAGUAAACAUCCGUGCAUAUUGUAUUACAUUGGACUGUAAAGAUGAGAGUGUCAGGUAUAUUGCGGAUUGCUGCCUUGCUGUUCACCUUAGUCGCAACCUGGCUUUUUGCCAGUGCCUCUUUCAAUCACAUUUCUGUGAAAUCUAUCAACAUAAGAAGCUGGCUGGGUGCUGAAAGACCUAAGCCAACAAAAGUAGUAGUCUUGCGACACAAGUGCAACAAUAAAAGAGAGUGCCCCACAAACACCUUCGCCUUCAAGUUAAUCAGUGGCGCAGCCAAUGUCGUGGGACCAUCCAUGUGCUUUGAGAACACCAUGGUGAUGAGCGCUGUGAAGAAUAACAUUGGAAGAGGUUUAAACCUUGCACUUGUCAAUGGAACUACUGGAAAACUCAUCAAGGCAGGCGCCUUUGACAUGUAUUCUGGAGACGUUAAAGAUUUAAUUGAAUUUCUGAAACCUAUUGACACUGGGACCCUAGUGCUAAUCGCCUCCUAUGAUGAUGCAGCCACAAAGAUGAAUGAUGAAGCGAGAAAGAUGCUGACUGAACUAGGGAGCAGUUACGCUUUCAAGUUGGGCUUUCGAGACAACUGGAUAUUCCUCGGUGGAAAAGGACUCAAAAACAAAAGCCCAUUUGAACAGUACUUGAAAAACGACAAAGACACAAACAAAUAUGAUGGCUGGCCUGAAGUUCUAGAAAUGGAGGGCUGCGUCCCUAAGAAGCUGGAAUAGCAAAGAGUCAAAUUCAGAUCAACCUAUGGCCAUCACUAAUGGAACUUCUUGUCACUCUGCAAAAAGCUGGGAAACAACAGUCUGCUGUAUCUCAACUGACAGGACAACAGACCCUCAAUGAUUUCAGCAGCACCUGCUUAGUAAACCAGGACUGGGAACUUUUACAAUUCCUACGUACUUCCUAUGUUAUUCAGUACAUAGGGAUGAUAAAUAUGAUUCAGUUAUGAAUGUGAAGCCUAGACUCAUGAAAUAAGCACAACCAUGAAUUCCAGCCAUCUCUUUUGGCCCACAUAUUUUAAGUGUUUGAUUUCAAUUUGGAGGGUUCCCCCCUUUCACUUUCUCAUGUAGGAGCCGCACUGGCGCAAUGAGUUAAACCCUUGUGCUGGCUAAACUGCUGACCUGGAGGUUGAGUUGCAGACCUGAAGGUUUCCAGUUCAAAUCUGUGAGACAGGGUGAGCUCCCGUCUGUCAGAUCUAGCUUGCAGAAAAGCCUCCCAGCUAUCACAUCCAGGUGUCUCCUGGGCAACAUCUCUGUAGAUUGCCAAUUCUUUCACACCAGAAAUGAUGUGGAGUAUGUUCUCAAGUCUCUUCUGACACGAUAAAAAAAAGUUUCUCUUCUGCUUUUCUUAAGCUUCUGAUUUAAGAGAAGUUGGAUCUUGUCUUAUUUUGUAUUAAUUUAUCUUUCUUUAGAUUUUUUUUAAAAUGUUCUAUUUUCCAGUCUGCAUUAAAAAAAACUUUGUAAACCUAAGACGAAACAAAUAGCUUGUUGCUGCUGCCUCCUGCCUUCAAGGCACUUCUGACUUAUGGCAACCCCAAGGCAAACUUAUCAUGAGGUUUUCUUGGAUAGAUUUGUUCAGAGGGAAUUUGCUUUUGCCUUCCUCUGAAGAUGAAAGAAAGUGACUCGCCCAAGUGUAUCGUGGCCAAGCAGGAAUUUGAACUGGCUCUCCCAAGGUCCUAGUCUAACCCAACAAUGUUAGCUCCCAAAUAAAUACUCCAAAGUUUUCCCAAACAUUUUUCUUGGCCUUUGAGGAUUUUUUAAAAAUACCUUUAUUUUGAAGUAAAUAAAUGCCAGUUUUAACCUGUUAAUGAAAUGCCAAGAGUAAAAUAUCCAAGCCGUUUUCAUCUAAAUUGGAUUAUGAUUUGCAAUAUACUCAGGGAUGUAGCUUUGAGGGUCAGGGAAUGAGAUCUGCCAUCAAAUAAAUAUUCUACUGUCAUUCUCAAUAGCUGCUUAAGUGGAGUUUGGGUACUUUCAUGGACUCCCUACUACUUCUCUAAGCUAGGUAGAAAUUAAGAAUGUGUAGCUGGAGACAAAACUUUAUUCCUAAAUGCUCCGCAGCAGUUUAUUUAUUUUUCAACAGAAACACAAAUAAAGAAAACAUCAAUACAUAUACAUACACAAAUAUACUUAAAAAAACAGUUGCAAAACUAACUCCACACUUUCGCUUAUCAACAUAAUCUCUACUCUCAUUAGAAUCAUAGAGUUAGAAGAGACCUCAUGGGCCAUCUAGUCCAACCCCUUGCCAAGAAGCAGGAAAAUUGUAUUCAAAACACCCGUGACAGAUGGCUAUCCAGCCUCUGUUUAAAAGCCUCCAAAGAAGGAGCUUCCACCACAGUCCGGGGCAGAGAGUUCCAUUCUUCCUAAUGUUCAGAUGGAAUCUCCUUUCCUGUAGUUUAAAGCCAUUGUUCUGCAUCCUAGUUUCCAUGGUAGCAGAAAACAAGCUUGCUCCCUCCUCCCUAUGACUUUCCCUCAUAUAUUUAUACAUGGCCCUCAUCAUGUCUCCUCUCAGCCUUCUAUUCUGCAAGCUAAACAUGGGCAGUUCUUUAAGCCGCUCCUCAUAGGGCUUGUUCUCCAGACCCCUGAUCAUUUUAGUCACCUUCCUCUGGACACCUUCCAGCUUGUUAACAUCUUCUUUAAAUUGCGGUGCUCAGAAUUGGACACAGUGUGAUUCCAGGUGUGGUCUGACCAAGGCAGAACACAGGGGUAACAUGACUUCCUGGGAUCUAGACACUAGACUCCUAUUUAUUUAGGCCAAAAUCCCAUUGGCUUUUUUUGCUGCUGCAACACAUUGUUGGCUCAUGUUUAACUUAUUGUCCACAAGGACUCCAAGAUCUUUUUCACACGUACUGCUGUCGAGCCAGGUGUCCCCUAUUACAUAUAAUUCUAAAAAAUAAACAUACAUACAUCAAUGAAUCUUAAAAGAUUUCCUGUUUUGUCUGUUUUUUUCUUCCACCUAAUUUACUUCUGCUUGUUUUUCACAUUAACAAAUGAGUAUCCCAAGUAGUUUAUAUCUCCAACUCUCUAUAUAAAGUCUUUUCCUCUCCAAAAAAUAUCUUAAGAAUCAGCUUCAAACAGAAUUCGUGUUACUGCAGCUGAUGGAUGAUCAAAUAAAAAAGAAAGAAUACUGCAAUAGGAGUUAAUAGCGGCAAGAAUCCUAUAUGCUCAACGAUGGAAAGACAAAAAUACCAACUACUGAAAGGGGCCAGGGUGGCACAGUGGGUUAAAUUGCUAAGCUGCAGGACUGGCUGACCAGAAGAUUGGCAGUUCGAAUCUGCGGGAUGGGGGAGCUUCUGAUAUUAGCCCCAGCUUCUGCCAACCUAGCAGUUUGAAAACAAUCAAAUGUGAGUAGAUCAAUAGGUACCACUUCAGCAGGAAGGUAAGGGCGCUCCAUGCAGUCAUGCCAGCCACAUGGCUUUGGAGGUGUCUACGGACAACGCCAGCUCUUCAGCUUAGAAAUGGAGAUGAGCACCAACCCUCAGAGUCGGAUUUGACUAGACUUAAUGUCAAGGGGAAACCUUUGCCUUUAUCUUUACAGAAGAUAAUAUUAAGACACAGUUUUGUCUUGUUGGCAUAGGCUAUAUUUAGGGACUAGAAAUAAAAGUUACCUUGGAAGGGAUGAACAUUCACUGGAAAACAUUGCUAUGCUGUAUACUGAAUAUAAACUUCUCAAGAGUACAGGGCCAAUCAUUCAACCCACAGUUUUCUUUUCUAGCCAGCAGAUGGAAAUCUUUCCUUAAGAAGAAAUAAGAGGGAGGGAAUGUUAAGCUGUCUGUCAUUGUUGGGAAAAAUAUAGGGUACACACAGCAGAAAUGUACAUGCUUCAAACUACAGGUGGUUAAAAUAUAAAUAAUAGGAGGAAGGUAUAUGAAAAACAUUUUAAUAAUGAGAGAAAGUACAUAGUUUUGGAAUAAAUGACUCCAAUAGAUGUAGAAAUUAUGGCAAAUGCAUUUACCAUGCAUAUACAUUUCAGUAUAAAGAAGACACAGUUUUUCAACCUCAUACAAAACAAGGAUGAGAAGAAACCCAAGCAGGAUCUGGAGAAACUCAAUAAAAUUAAGCCUGUUCAAUUUAA